AUGUCUCCAACACCAGAUGACAACCAAUCCCACCGACAGACGAGAUAUUUCGAGCUCCCAGCAAAUGGCGAGCAUAGUGCCCAACUACCAGAUGAGCUUCCGCCCUACCAAGCACUAGCGGAAUUAGAAGCCACGACAACUGGUCGUGAAGAUGGACGAAUUGACAUUGACCUCAGUUCGAGAAUAGCGCGGCGACUCUCGAAACUGGUUCCCACGGGAAAGCCUCCCAUUUCUUAUGGACAGAAUCAACCGCCUGCGUACACCGAGACAAGCGAAAAGAGCAUUCGUCUCAAUAUCGUCAUUCAAGUUGUUGGUAGUCGAGGCGAUGUUCAGCCAUUCGUCGCACUAGGUACAGAAUUGCAACGCCAUGGUCAUCGGGUGCGACUCGCGACACACGGUCAAUUCGACAAAUUUGUGAGGGAGUCAGGUCUUGAGUUCUUUUCCAUCGGCGGUGAUCCCGCUGAACUGAUGGCCUACAUGGUCAAAAACCCUGGUCUCUUCCCUAGCAUGAAGACACUACGCGGAGGCGAAAUCCAGCGAAAGCGCAAAAUGGUGGAUGAAAUGUUGCAUAAGUGCUGGAGUUCCUGCAUCGAGCCUGAUGAGCUUACAGGAAGACCUUUCGUUGCAGAUGCCAUCAUUGCAAAUCCGCCUAGCUUUGCGCAUAUUCAUUGCGCGCAAGCCCUUGGCAUCCCGUUACAUCUGAUGUUCACGAUGCCGUGGACGAGUACGAGAGAGUUCUGCCACCCACUCGCGAAUCUGAAGGCCAAUGGGAGUGACAUGUCGGCGACGGCUGCGAAUUAUGUGUCUUAUUCACUGGUUGAGUGCAUGACUUGGCAAGGACUCGGCGAUAUCAUCAAUGCGUGGAGAGACACGAUAGAUUUAGAAGCGAUUCCCUUCAGUGAAGGGCCUUGCUUGACAGAGACUUUGGGGGUUCCAGUCACAUACUGCUGGUCUCCGGCUCUGGUGCCCAAGCCAGCCGACUGGCCUGAGAACAUCGAUGUCUGCGGCUUCUUCUUCCGUGAUGCGCCAAAGUACCAACCUGAACCAGCUUUACAGCAGUUCUUGGCAAGUGGUCCGCCACCGAUAUAUAUCGGCUUUGGCAGUAUCGUGAUCGACGACCCCGAUAAGUUGACAGCGACUAUUCUCGACGCUGUCCGUGCGACGGGGACGCGGGCAAUUGUUUCUAGAGGAUGGAGUAAACUUGGCGGGGAUUCGCCAGGUGACGACCAAGUCUUCUUUCUGGGAGACUGUCCGCACGAGUGGCUAUUUCAGCAUGUUACUGCAGUGAUACAUCACGGAGGAGCCGGCACCACAGCCUGUGGGCUUCUCAACGCGAAACCCACUACCAUUGUGCCCUUCUUUGGAGAUCAACCGUUUUGGGGAAAUAUGGUCCACGCUGGUGGUGCAGGUCCAGCUCCCAUUCCCUUCAAGGCCCUGAAUAGUAGCAAUCUUGCCGAAGCCAUUCUCUUCUGUUUGACACCCGAAGCUUCAGCAGCAGCGCGACAAAUCGCCGAUAAAAUGUCAUCUGCUGAGAUGCUAGUCGAGAAUGAGAAGGUGUCGUGGAAUAACCUCAAAGCUUACCAACCGCAACCAGUCCAUAUUGAGAACCGCCGUUGGGAUCCGGUGACUGCAACACUUGCGACGCUCGCCACGACUAGUGUUGGAAUGGUUACAUCAGCCUCUGACAUUGUCGUCAAGCCCAUCCAAGCACUGCGGCCAGUGACUCCAAGUGGUAGCAGAUCAGCAAGUCGAGAUCGAUCAGGAAACAACUCGAAACGCCCAUCGGAGGAGGAUGUCUUUGGCCGGCCAGCAGGCAUAGAUAUGUCCUCAGCACCAACAGCCACCAAAGACAAAGACCCCAACCAUGGUGCACUAGCAGCCGUCAAGGGCUCAGCGUCGGGUGUCGGUGGCUUCUUUAAGCACUACUCCAAAGGCAUGCUUCUCGACCUCCCUUAUGCAGUAACAGAAGGAAUGCGCAACGCCCCCAAGCUUUACGGCGGCAAAGCAUACGACCCAGGCGCCGUGACAGAUUGGAAGUCAGGCGGUAUCGCAGCCGGCAAGAAUUUUGCGCAUGGUAUGGUUGAGGGGAUAGGCGGUAUUAUCAUGGAGCCUGUGCGAGGGGCGAAGAAAGAAGGCGCUGCGGGUGCUGCGAAGGGUGUUGGUAUUGGAUUGUUGAAUCUGGGGACGAAGGUGGGUUCUGGGGCGCUUGGGUUGUUUGCGUUGCCGAGUCAGGGGGCGUACAUGAGUGCGAGGGCGCUUGUGAAGAGGAAGACGGGGAAGAGUAUUAUGGAGGCGAGGAAGAUUGAGGGGAGGGAUGUUGUUGAGAGGAGUGAGGAUGCGGCGCGCGAAAAGGACAGGACAGCGGUGAUAGAGGGAUUUGAGACACUGGCGAGAGAGAAGACAAGGUAG